GCAGGACUCGCCUGCUUUCAUCUGCGUCUGCUUUUCACUGGCUUCUUUUCACCUCUUCCUCCCGCCAUUCUCAGACAUCCAUCUUGACCAACAGAAAUAAAAAUAGUAAAAAAAUUCAACACAUGAAUGUAUCUUUAUUUACCUAAAUAGAAACAAUGAUGACUGCUUGGGGUUGGCAGAUUUCGCCCUUCAGUUGGCUUACUACCACCGCACUAACACUCUUGACUUAUGCCGCACUUCGAAUUAUUUUUAAUCUAUUUCUACAUCCUUUAUCCAAUAUCCCAGGUCCAGUUACAUGGAAAGUAUCUCGCCUGCCUUUCAUCUGGGGUCUUCUAAGGGGGACUCUUGUUCAUGAUAUUGAGCGCCUGCACCGCAAGUACGGCCCCAUCCUACGAAUUUCGCCAAACGAUGUCACCUUUGCCCACGAAGAUGCCACAAGGGACAUCUUGGCUUUUCGUAAAGACCGCCAACCAUUUUUGAAGGAUCCCACCUGGUGGAAAGCCAACCCUGGAAUGCCGGACUCCAUGAUUAGCAUCAUUGAACCAAAGCAGCAUGCACGCAUUCGCAAUCUCCUGGCGCCUGGAUUCACACAGCGCGCCUUGAAGGAGCAAGAAGAUAUUUUACAUUUUUAUGUCAAUCUUUUAGUAGAGCGCAUACGGGAACUCGUGACCAAAGAGCCAGAAACUGGCGCCGUCAUCGAUGUUGUGCGCUGGUUUAACUUUACCACCUUUGAUAUCUUUGGAGAUCUUGGUUAUGGAGAAUCAUUCAACUGCCUCCAAGAUUCCAAGUAUCAUCCUUGGGUUGCUCUUCUCUUCAAUAGUGUCAAAGCAGUGUCUUUCGUGGCAGCAGCACGAUUAUACCCCGUAGUCGAACGCAUACUUUUCAUGUGUAUCCCGCCCUCGUUGAGAGAGAUGCAAAGGAACCACUGCCAGCUGAUUUCUGACAAGGUGAACAGGCGGAUGAACUUUGAGCUUGAGCGACCUGAUAUUAUGUCUCAUGUGAUACAAGGCGCAGAACGCCAAAGGCUACCGCAAACUACCGUUGAUACCACAUUUAUGGUGCUGACAAUCGCCGGCAGUGAGACGACAGCAACAGCGCUUAGUGGCACCCUCAACUAUCUUGUCAACAACACAGACAAGCUCGAUAUUUUGAAAAGAGAAAUCCGUCAGGCUUUCCCGGAAGAGAAUGACAUUAAUCUCGACGCCCUACGCAAGCUGCCAUAUCUUAACGCUGUGAUUAACGAAGGACUCAGACUCUGCCCUCCCGUCCCUUGGAUCAUCCCAAGGAAAGUGCCUGAGGGAGGGGGAACAGUUUGUGGAACAUGGCUUCCUGCAAGGACUUCAGUCUCGAUACAGGCAUAUACGCUGAACCGUGACCCGGAACAUUUCCACUUGGCUACGUCAUUUAUUCCAGAGCGUUGGCUACCUGAUGCUCGUACAGAUACCGAGUCUCCCUUCUUCCAUGACCGGCUACAGGCGGUGCAACCCUUCAGUGAAGGACCAGUUUCUUGCAUGGGACAACACCUGGCGCUGGCAGAAAUUCGCCUCAUCUUUUCCAAGCUGCUUUGGUCGUUUGACUUUGAGGUACUAGAGGAUCGGAAGAAAAAGUGGGAGGAUAUGAGGACAUUUCUUAUAGUUGAAAAGAAGCCAAUUGAGAUGAGAGCGAAACUGAGAGCUACAGCUUAGGUCGCAUGGCAUAUUCUGUUUCCCCACCACUGAUAAGAAAGGGAGUUAUACACUUGGCGAGAGACCUAUUAGUUAGAUACCCCGAGCAAGCAAUACAAGGGGACGGUAUGAUACCGCUGGUUAGCAGAAUACAUGUCUUUGCCACUGCCAUAAAUUAUGGCGCG